UGUGAAAACCGGCAAGGUUGUAAUACCAAAAGAAAAUCCGUGUUCGGUGCUUAUAAUCGGAGACAUGGCUUGCAAACCCAUUGAGCAAUUAGCUACCGUUGUAGACGACAUAUUUGUACCCUUGUUGGCCAAUCCAGAAAACCAUAGAAAUUGGGCGACCGUUGUGUCUUUGGACGUCAAAGAGCACGUGCAUAGCUUGAAGAGUACUGUUUAUCAGGUCAAAGGUCAAAUCAACGGCCAAACGAUAUUACCCAUGCCGGUCGGAGUGGAACGAUUGGAAAGCAUAGAAAAAACGGUUAAGGAUAGCGACGGCAAGGUUGUUGAUCUACAUUUUAAGUCUGCCGUUGAAGGAGUCAUUAUAAAAUGGGCUACACAGAUAACAGAUGUUCUAAGCGCUGAUUCGGCGGUGGCUUGCAAAAAUAACCAAAACCCGACUCCUUGGACAGAAGUGACAUUUUGGAAUAAUCGUGUAAGAAAUUUAGAGUUCAUUUAUGAACAGCUGCAUGAGCAGAGGAUUGUGAAAAUGGCUACAAUUGUCCAACUGACUAAUAGCGCGUAUUAUCCAUGCCUAAAAAAUAUAUACACGAAUGUUACUUCUGCUUUGGAAGAGGCCAAAGACAUUGCUCGAUAUUUAAAACCCUUACAAAAGCAUUUCAAAUUACUAGAAGAAACAGAUUUUGGAGACAUAAUUGUGUGCUUAAGUCCAUUAAUGCAUGUUGUGUGCUUGGUGUGGGCUAAUUCUCAUUUUUACUGCAACUCUAGUAAAAUAAUUAUACUUCUCAAAGAGAUAUGCAAUCUGGUGAUUGAACAGGCAAUUAGAUAUUUAGAUCCAUCUUCUAUAUUUCAAAGUGAUAUCCAUGAGACGAAAUCGAGAGUUCAGCAUUGUAUAUACGUCUUUGAAAAAUUCAGGAACAUUUUCAAUGAAUAUCGUAAGAACUUACCGUCUUAUUUUAAAAAUGGGUCGACGCCAAUAUUGUGGACUUUUCAUCCUAAUAUAAUUUUCAACAGAACCGAUUUAUUUGUCAGGAGAUUACACAUCAUUGAGUGGUUUUUCGACACGGUCAUGGAAUUCACAAAGUUAGAAAGAAUCGAGUUCAGUGGUUUGAAAGGACGAUUACUGAGCACCCGAGUCUUAGAUAUUUAUUCUGACUUUAACGAGCAAUUUUCAUUGUUUGCUAGCAAAGCCUACGACGUAUUAGAUCCAGAGGAUGAUAGGUUUGACGCGGAUUACGAGCAAUUCAAGGAAAGCGUAAAGGAUUUGGAUCAUCGACUUGGUUUCACCUUGAGCCAAGCGUUCGACGACUGCUACAACUUGGACAGUGUUUUCAAACUGAUUGAAAUAGUCAGUGUUGUAAUGGAUCGAUCUCGGAUGAAAGACAUGUUUGCACAAAGUUAUGAUAAUAUCAUAUCCAUGUUAUCUGCAGAAAUAACGAUUUGUCAGAAAAUUUUUAUAAGCCAACAAGAUGCCAUUAGAACCCGAGGUACCCCUAUUGUGGACAAACUGAUGCCUCCAGUUGCGGGUUGCUUAAAAUGGUCACAGUCGUUGAAGGCUAGGAUUCAACACCCAAUCUAUUGCUUCAAAAAUCUAGAUCAUCCGAUCGUUGAAAGUAAAGAGGCACGAUUGAUUCUGCAAAAGGUGGAAAAUCUUAUGGCAAAUAUUACAAAACUCGAAGAGGACUUUAUCGAAAAUUGGAGAUCAAUUGUUCCUGCCAAAUGUCAAGAUCUAUUAAAAUUACCAUUAUUUAAACGCGCGAACAAGUUCAACGAGCUGCAGCUUAAUUUCCAUUCAGAGCUCGUUGCGAUCUUAAGGGAAGUCCAUUAUUUGCGGGCUUUUGAGUUAGAUAUAAUACCCGCCCAGGCGUUAAAACUGCACGAAAAGGAAGACACGUUCCGAAUUAAUUGCAUUAAUCUAAACAAUAUUAAAGAAUGUUAUAACAAGUUAAGGAACAAUAGCAGAGAAAUCGAAUAUGAAUUGGUGCGAGCGGAAAUCGAAAAUAUCGACGAACUCGUCAAACAAGGAGAACAGACCUUGAAUUGGAAUUCGGAGGGUCUCAAAGAAUACAUUGGAAAAGUGCAAGACUUAGUGAACAAGCUGUAUCGCAGAGUACAAAAGACACAGGAAAACGUGAAACGAAUGCGAUCGAUUUUAUUCUCAUGGGCCCGAAUCCCAGUUCUGUGCCGGAAAGACAACAAAAAAGAUACUUUGUUAGCUAUGGACGAUUGCGGUGAACGGUUUUCUAAAAGGCGUAAAGAAAUCAAAAAAGCCGCAACCGAAAUUCAAAAGCUUUUACAAGAAAACUGCGCUUUGUUCGGAAUGCAAGAUAAAACCAAUCACAGCCAGUGGCAAAAUUAUAUGAUAUUCAUUGAUUCGAUUGUUGCGGACGGCAUGUUAAAUGCAGUGGGUUGUAGCUUAUGCUACAUUGCUGAAAAUAUGAUUCCCGAAAGCGCCACGUCACCUUUGUUCGAAUCGAGUCUGGAGUUGCAAGAUCCGGAUUUGAUGUUUGUGCCUUCAUUAGAUUCGAGCGAAGAAAGAAAUUUUUGGUCCAUUAUACAAGGAAUUAUUGAUGAUAUAGUUGGACUCUCCGAAUACAUGCCGCGGGUGUUGACUACGAAUAACUCAAAUAAUUAUUUCGAAGAAAUGAAUUCCAAUCAAGAUAUAUGUGCCAUGAGAGAAGACAUCAUGAGUGCGGUUACACGGGUAAUCGAAGAGGCCAAUAACUAUUGUUUAAACUUUGAAAAUUAUUCGUAUUUGUGGUUGGAUGAUCGAGAUCUAUACAUGCAACAUUUUCUACAAUAUGGUCAUCCUCUUUCGAUGGAAGAGUAUGAUAAUAUGUCUGCCGAUGAAACUUACUCUCCGCCUACUAAGAGCCCUACUAUGGAACAGUAUAAAGAACAAAUCGACAAUUUCGAAAAUCUUUACUGUGAAAUCGAACAGUUAAAAUCGGUCCAAGUAUUUGAUUCGUGGUUUCAAGUUGAUAUGCGACCUUUUAAACAAGAACUAUUAAACACUGUUUGCAAAUGGAGUCUUAUGUUCAAACAACAUCUAAUGGACAACGUAACAAACAGUUUAUUCGACCUGGCUAAGUUCAUACAAGACGCAGACGGAGGUUUGAUGCAACCGGUUGUCGAGGGUGACUACGAAACACUUGUCAGCGUCAUGGGAUAUUUAUACAAUGUAAAAGAAAGACAAGCUAACACAGAGGAAAUGUUUCAGCCUUUGACCGACACAAUACAAUUGCUGAAGUACUACGAUAUGGAACUUUCCGAAGAAGUCAAUGUCCUGCUGCAGGAAUUACCCGAGCUCUGGAACAACACGUGUAAGCUGGCGGUUAACAUUAAGCAGCAAGUUGCUCCGCUGCAAGCUAUCGAAGUAAACAAUAUAAGAAAUAGGAUUUCACAUUUCGACAGCCGCGUUGUUCACUUCAGGGAUAAUUACAAAAAGUCCAAAAUUUUUAGAUACGACUGCUUGUAUCCGUACUUUGUGUUGGACGACAUCAAUUCCAAGAUUACCAUGUUCGAGGACAACAUGGCCCAGAUACAGGAGUCAGCUUCUCUCUUUGAAGUUAACGUCCCCGAGUUCAAAUUGCUCAAACAGUGUAGAAAAGAAUUGAAACUGUUGAAACAACUCUGGGACUACGUGCAUCUGAUCCAUUCGUGCAUAGACGAUUGGAAGACAACGCCUUGGCGGAAAGUCGACGUCGAAAAUAUGGACAUUGAAUGCAAAAAGUUUGCUAAAGAAAUACGAGCAUUGGACAAAGAAAUGAGGUUGUGGGACACAUACGCGUGCCUGGAAGGUACUGUGAAGAAUAUGGUCACAUCGCUGAGGGCUGUGGGCGAGCUCCAGAACCCGGCCAUUCGCGAACGCCAUUGGGAACAGCUGAUGAACUCCACCAAGAGUUUAGUCGAUUUGGCAGACACGUUCGAUGUGAAAUUCGUGAUGGACCAAGCGACUACCCUGGCCGAGUUGUUGGCGUUGAAUUUACACGACUGCGAAGACGACGUCAAGACCAUUGUUGACAAAGCCGUUAAGGAAAUGUCCAUGGAGAAAAUGCUGCGAGAACUACAAACUACUUGGGCCACCAUGGAAUUCUAUCAGGAAAUUCACGGCCGUACCGGAUGUAGUUUGCUGAGAGCCAGCGAAAAACUCAUCGAGACCUUAGAAGAGAAUCAAGUUCAACUACAAAAUUUGAUGACAUCGAAAUUCGUUGCGUUUUUCCUGGAAGAAGUCUCAGGCUGGCAACAAAAACUCAGCAUAGCCGACCAAGUCAUCAACUCGUGGUUCGAAGUGCAACGGACUUGGAUGCAUUUGGAAUCGAUUUUCAUGAGCUCUGACGACAUCCGCAACCAAUUACCGGAAGACUCGGAGAGAUUCAUUCGCAUCGAUUCCGAAUUUAAAGAGCUAAUGGCAGACAUGUCGAACACCCCAAAAGUCAUCGAGGCCACCAACAAACCGGGUUUGAGCAAACAUCUGGACAAUUUGCACGGUCAUUUGACGUUGUGCGAAAAGGCUUUGGCCGAGUACUUGGAAACAAAACGUCUUGCGUUUCCGAGGUUUUACUUCGUGUCGUCCGCUGAUCUUUUGGACAUUCUAUCCAACGGAAACAAUCCAAACUUAGUUGUUAGGCAUAUGAUUAAAUUAUUCGACUCCAUAGCAUCGUUGAAGUUUGUCGAUGCGAAAUCCACAGAAAAGAAAGUGGCCUCCGGAAUGGAUGCCAAGGACGGUGAAUACGUUAAGUUUAACGAGGAUUGCGAUUGCAGCGGACCAGUAGAAAAAUGGCUGAACAGAGUACAGGCGAUGAUGCGCGAAACGAUAAGACAAAAUUUCCUAGAAAGUACAAUAUCCUACGAGGAAAAACCAAGGGAACAAUGGCUUUUCGACUACCCGGCACAAGUAUCGUUGUGCGGCACUCAGAUUUGGUGGACGACCGAAGUGAAUAUAGCUUUUGCUCGGCUAGAAGAGGGCUACGAAAACGCUUUAAAAGAUUAUCAGCGAAAACAGAUAUCCCAACUUAACACGUUAAUUUCGCUCUUGCUGGGAGAGUUGACAAAACAAGACAGACAGAAAAUUAUGACCAUUUGCACUAUCGACGUACAUUCCAGAGACGUCGUCGCCAGAUUGAUUCAGUCUAAAAUAGACAACGUUCUCGCUUUCCAAUGGCAAUCUCAACUCCGGCAUAGGUGGGACGAUAAAGAAAAAGACUGUUUUGCCAAUAUCUGCGAUGCCCAAUUUCGGUAUAGUCACGAGUACUUGGGGAAUACCCCGCGUUUGGUUAUCACUCCUUUGACGGAUAGAUGUUACAUAACACUUACACAGUCGUUACACUUAAUAAUGGGUGGUGGCCCGGCCGGACCAGCCGGCACCGGUAAAACGGAAACGACAAAGGACUUGGGACGGGCUCUUGGAGUGAUGGUGUACGUGUUCAACUGCUCGGAGCAAAUGGACUAUAAGUCUUGUGGGAAUAUUUACAAAGGAUUAGCUCAAACUGGGGCUUGGGGUUGUUUUGACGAAUUUAAUAGAAUAUCGGUCGAAGUGUUGUCCGUCGUCGCCGUUCAAGUAAAAUCAAUUCAGGAUGCUAUAAAAGAAAAAGCUUUGACAUUCAAUUUUAUGGGUGAAGUUAUUAGCCUGAUACCGUCUGUUGGCAUUUUUAUAACCAUGAAUCCAGGAUACGCCGGCCGAACUGAGUUGCCAGAAAAUCUAAAAGCUCUGUUCAGGCCGUGCGCUAUGGUAGUGCCAGAUUUCGAAUUGAUCUGCGAGAUAAUGCUGGUGGCCGAAGGAUUCCAAGAAGCGAAAAUUCUCGCCCGAAAGUUUAUAACGUUGUACACACUUUGCAAAGAACUACUUUCUAAACAAGACCAUUAUGAUUGGGGAUUACGUGCCAUCAAAUCGGUGUUGGUUGUCGCUGGUUCCCUUAAGAGAGGCGAUCCUGGACGUAUCGAAGAAGAAGUGUUGAUGAGAGCGUUGAGAGACUUUAACGUACCGAAAAUUAUCAGCGACGACGUCCCGGUGUUCAUGGGAUUGAUCGGUGACCUGUUCCCUUCGUUAGACGUACCCCGUAAGAGGGACCAAGAUUUUGAAAAAACCGUAAAACAAGCGGCUGUCGAUUUACUGUUGCAACCCGAGGAAAAUUUUAUAUUAAAAGUUGUACAGUUAGAAGAGCUUUUGGAAGUCCGGCAUUCGGUGUUCGUUGUGGGAAACGCGGGCACUGGUAAGACCCAAGUGUGGAAAACGUUGUUUAAAACCUAUCAGAAUAUCAAACGAAAACCGAUUUACAACGAUUUAAAUCCAAAAGCCGUGACUAACGAUGAGUUAUUCGGGGUCAUUAAUCCAGCUACCCGUGAAUGGAAAGACGGUUUGUUUUCUGUGAUAAUGAGAGAACAGGCUAAUGUAGCCAACACACAUCCUAAAUGGAUAAUUUUAGACGGUGAUAUUGACCCGAUGUGGAUCGAAUCAUUAAACACGGUGAUGGACGACAACAAGAUAUUGACGUUGGCCAGUAAUGAACGCAUUGCGCUGACGCCAUCGAUGAGACUCAUUUUCGAAAUAUCCAAUUUGCGAACAGCUACCCCGGCAACGGUAUCGCGGGCGGGCAUACUGUACUUGAAUCCUCAAGAUUUGGGAUGGAAUCCCUACGUAACGAGUUGGAUUGAAACAAGAGAACAUGCGGUGGAGAAGAGCAAUCUGGUCAUACUUUUUGACAAGUAUAUACCGCCCUGUUUGGAAAAUAUCCGGAAUAGAUUUAAGAAGAUCAUACCGAUAGCGGAAAUGGCGCACAUACAAAUGUUGUGUUAUCUGCUCGAGUGCAUCUUGGUGCCAGCCAACACGCCAGUGGACUGUCCAAAAGACUGGUACGAACUGUACUUUACGUUUGCGUGCAUAUGGUCUUUUGGAGCGGCGAUAUACCAAGAACAGGUUGUAGAUUAUAAAGUGGAAUUUUCUAAAUGGUGGGUAGCCGAAUUCAAAACAAUAAAGUAUCCGUCUCAGGGCACCGUAUUUGACUACUUUAUCGACACCGAGACUAAAGAAUUUUUACCCUGGUCGCAUAUUAUUCCGAAGUUUGAGCUGGACUCAGAUCUACCACUACAGAACGUUUUGGUGCACACGCCUGAAUCAAUCAGGACUCGGUAUUUCGUCGACUUACUUAUGGACCGUAAACAUCCGGUCAUGUUAGUAGGAAGCGCCGGAUGCGGUAAAACGGUACUAGUCAACGAAAAGCUGACCAGACUUUCAGAAAACUACGCGGUGACCAAUAUACCGUUUAACUAUUACACUACUUCAGAAAUGCUGCAAAAGAUACUGGAAAAGCCGUUGGAGAAAAAAGCCGGUAGAAAUUACGGGCCCCCUGGAAAUAAAUCAUUGGUUUACUUUUUGGAUGACAUGAAUAUGCCUGAGGUGGAUUGUUAUGGAACAGUGCAACCGCAUACCUUGAUUCGACAGCAUUUGGAUUACGGUCAUUGGUACGAUCGAACAAAAUUAUCAUUGAAAGAUAUACAUAAUUGUCAGUACGUGUCUUGUAUGAAUCCAACAGCCGGUAGUUUUACGAUAAACCCACGACUUCAACGACACUUUUGUGUCAUUGCAGUAAGUUUUCCGGGCACUGAAUCGUUAACGAUAAUAUAUUCUUCGAUCCUGAGUCAACAUUUUGGAAAUUCCGAGUAUCGGAUACCACAAGUAGCGUCGAAAUUAUCCGACAACGUGAUAGAAGCAACAAUCUGGCUGCACAACAAAGCCAGUUCAUUUUUUCUACCCACCGCGAACAAAUUUCAUUAUAUUUUCAAUUUAAGAGAUUUGUCCAAUGUUUUUCAAGGAUUACUGUUUAGCACUGGAGAAUGUCUCGCCUGUCCGGCAGACCUGAUGCGCUUGUGGAUGCACGAAUGUCAAAGGGUGUACUCGGACAAACUGGUGGAUGAAAAAGAUUCGGACGCGUUUUCUAAAAUGCAGACGGACGCUUUAAAAAAGUUUUUCGACGAAAUAGAUGAGUGUACGGUUUUCGAAAAACCAAAUAUUUACUGUCAUUUCGCCCAAGGCAUCGGCGAGCCCAAAUACAUUUCUGUCAGGAGUUGGUCGAAUCUUACAAGAUUAUUGGAAGAAGCUCUAAACCUAUAUAAUGACUUGGUUGCAGCUAUGAAUUUGGUGUUGUUUGAGGACGCUAUGAUGCACGUGUGCAGGAUCAAUCGAAUACUAGAGUCACCUCGCGGGAGUUGUUUGUUGGUCGGAGUCGGUGGCAGUGGUAAACAGUGUUUGGCCCGUUUGGCGGCGUUUAUUUCAAGUUUAGAAGUGGCUCAGAUACAGCUGCGCAAAGGCUACGGUCUGCUGGAUCUAAAAAUGGAGCUGUCUAGUUUGUACAUGAAAUCCGGAUUAAAAAAUGUAGGCAUUGUGUUUCUGAUGACCGACGCUCAAGUUCCGUCCGAAUCGUUUUUAGUGCUGAUCAACGAUAUGUUAUCGUCAGGGGAAAUACCUGAGUUGUUCCCAGACGACGAAGUCGAAAAUAUCAUAGCUGGUGUUCGGAAUGAAGUCAAAGGCGCUGGACUGUUAGAUACACGUGAAAACUGUUGGAAGUUUUUCAUUGAUCGAGUCAGAAGACAAUUAAAAAUCGUACUUUGUUUUUCUCCGGUCGGUUCGGUGUUACGGGUUCGUUCCAGAAAAUUCCCUGCACUAGUGAACUGCACGUCUAUCAAUUGGUUUCACGAAUGGCCACAACAAGCACUCAUGUCCGUCUCUAAUCAAUUUUUGUCAGAACUCGAAGUGUUGCCGGAAAACUUCAGAGAAUCCAUUGCCAAGUUUAUGGCGUAUGUACACACUCAAGUGAACGCUAUAUCUCGAGUUUAUUUACAAAGUGAUCGCCGAUACAACUACACGACGCCCAAGUCAUUUUUAGAGCAGAUAUCUCUUUAUUCAAAGCUGCUCAGACAAAAAUCAGCCGAGUUGGCCAGUAAAAUAAAUCGUCUUGAAAACGGUUUAGAAAAACUUAAGAGCACUGCCAAUCAGGUGGAUAACUUAAAAGCAAAACUGGCGAUUCAAGAAAUUGAACUGAAGAUAAAAAAUGAUGCAGCAGAUAAACUAAUACAAAUCGUCGGUAUAGAAACAGAGAAAGUUUCUAAAGAAAAAGCUUUUGCUGAUGACGAAGAAAAGAAAGUAUGUUCCAUCGCGAUAGAAGUAAAAAAAAAACAGCAAGACUGCGAAGAAGAUCUUGUUAAAGCAGAACCAGCUCUUCUCGCUGCACAAGAUGCUUUGAAUACUCUGAACAAGUCAAAUUUGACAGAAUUAAAAUCAUUUGGUUCACCCCGUGUUGUAACUAAUGUUACAGCUGCUGUUAUGGUACUGUUGGCGCAAAAUGGUAAAAUUCCAAAAGACCGUAGCUGGAAAGCUGCUAAAAUAAUGAUGGCCAAAGUAGACAGUUUUCUUGAUCAGUUAAUCAAUUAUGACAAAGAAAACAUCCAUCCCGAAGUGACGAAAGCAAUUAAACCAUAUUUAAAGGAUCCUGAGUUUGAACCCGAAUUUGUGAGAACCAAGUCAGCCGCUGCUGCAGGACUUUGUGCUUGGGUAAUAAACAUAGUCAAAUUUUACGAAGUCUACUGCGAUGUGGAGCCAAAAAGAUUGGCUCUAGCUCAAGCUAAUACAGAAUUGGCUCAAGCCCAAGAUAAAUUAGCUGUCAUAAAGAAAAAAGUCGCUUCUUUAGAGGAGCAGUUAUCGAAAUUGACAGCAGAUUUUGAACAAGCCACUUCUGAGAAGUUACACUGUCAACAAGAGGCGGACGCCACGAAUAAGACAAUUGCACUAGCCAACCGUCUGAUUGGUGGUUUGGGUUCUGAAAAUGUUCGUUGGGCAGAAGCUGUUGCCUGCUUUAUGCAGCAAAGUACGACACUACCUGGAGAUGUUUUAUUGAUAACAGCGUUUAUAUCUUAUGUCGGUUGUUUUACAAAACACUACAGACAAGAACUUUUGCACAAAAUAUGGACUCCUUAUGUGAAAUCGUUAGACCCUUCGGUGCCGAUUACUGAGGGGUUAGAUCCGUUGACUUUGUUGACCGACGACACACAAAUAGCGAUCUGGAACAACGAAGGACUCCCAAGUGACCGGAUGUCUACAGAAAACGCAACUAUACUUACAAAUUCCGACAGAUGGCCGCUUAUGAUUGAUCCUCAAUUACAAGGCGUUAAGUGGAUAAAACAGAAAUAUGGUGACAGCUUAAUCGUGUUGAGACUGGGACAAAAAGGAUCUAUGGAUGAACUAGAAAAGAGCAUAACUUCAGGGCGAACAGUAUUGCUUGAAAAUAUAGAAGAAAAUUUAGAUCCGGUGUUAGAUUCAUUACUCGGUCGUAAUCUUAUCAAAAAAGGAAAAGCAAUUAAGAUGGGCGAUAAAGAAGUAGAAUACAACCUCGACUUCCGCUUGUUACUUCACACAAAAUUGGCAAAUCCUCAUUACAAGCCCGAAAUGCAAGCUCAAACGACGCUGAUUAAUUUCACAGUGACCAGAGAUGGUUUGGAGGAUCAGUUGUUAGCCGAAGUCGUCAAAGCCGAACGACCCGACUUGGAACAGCUUAAAGCUGAAUUGACGAAACAGCAAAACGAUUUUAAGAUCAUGCUUAAAAAGUUAGAAGACGAUUUACUCUCAAGGUUGUCAUCGGCCGGAGACAAUAUACUUAGCGACACCGCACUAGUGGAAAAUUUGGAAACGACAAAACGGACGGCGGCCGAGAUACAGCAGAAAGUAGCUGAAGCUAAGAUCACUUCGGAAAAAAUUGACGAAGCCAGAGAACAUUACAGGCCAGCAGCUGCAAGAGCUAGCCUACUAUAUUUCAUUCUCAACGAACUCAAUACAAUUAACCCAGUUUAUCAAUUUUCGCUAAAGGCGUUCUGCGUGGUCUUCCACAAUGCAAUUGAAAAGUCUCAACCAGCAGACGACGUUGCCAAACGAGUUAUCAAUUUGAUCGACUGUAUCACUUAUUUUGUUUUUGUGUACACGUCCAGAGGACUUUUUGAAUGCGAUAAGUUAAUAUUUGCUUCGCAGAUGACGUUCCAAAUACUGUUGAUGAGCGAAGAAAUAAUGCCACAAGAUUUGGAUUUCUUUUUGCGAUUCCCCACGGCUCAACACAUCAGCAGCCCCGUAGACUUUCUGUCGAAUUCUAGUUGGUCUGGUAUAAGGAGUUUGUCCAGCAAAGACGAAUUUAGAAAUUUGGACAGAGACAUUGAAACUUCGUCGAAGAGAUGGAAAAAGUUUAUUGAAUCGGACUGCCCAGAGCGUGAAAAAUUUCCUCAAGAAUGGAAAAACAAAGUAUCUCUGCAAAGACUAAUGAUGAUGAGAGCGCUGAGACCCGACCGAAUGACCUACGCCAUGUCAGCGUUCAUCGAAGAAAAACUCGGUGCCAAAUACGUGGAAGGAAGGAGCAUCGAUUUUGCCAAGUCGUUUGAGGAAACGUCUCCGACUACACCGAUUUUUUUUAUACUUUCGCCUGGAGUAAACCCGCUGAAAGAUGUCGAAGAUUUAGGACAUAAGCUUGGAAUUUCGACAAAUCAAAAAAAUUUUCACAACGUAUCCCUAGGACAGGGCCAAGAAAUUGUCGCGGAAAACGCAAUGGAAAUAUCAGCGUCUGAAGGCCAUUGGGUUGUUCUUCAGAACAUACAUUUGGUAAAAAAAUGGUUGCCUACUCUUGAAAAGAAAAUGGAAUUACUUGGCGACGUAGCAAAUUCAGCGUACAGAUUAUUUUUAAGCGCUGAACCGGCUGCGACGCCUUCAGCACACAUCAUACCUCAAGGCAUUUUAGAGUCUUGUAUUAAAAUAACUAACGAGCCUCCGACAGGCAUGCAGGCAAACUUACAUAAAGCGUUAGACAAUUUCAACCAAGAAACUUUAGAAAUGUCCUCCAAGGAAGCCGAAUUCAAAGCCAUACUUUUUUCACUAUGCUAUUUCCACGCUGUAGUGGCAGAACGCAGAAAAUUCGGGGCACAAGGAUGGAACAAAGUUUAUCCGUUUAACGUCGGGGAUUUAAACAUCAGCGUCAGUGUGCUGUUCAACUACUUGGAAGCCAACAACAAAGUGCCUUGGGAAGAUCUCCGUUAUCUUUUCGGUGAAAUCAUGUACGGUGGUCAUAUAACGGACGAUUGGGAUAGAAAACUGUGUAUAUCAUAUUUAGAGGAAUUUAUGCAACCGGACUUGGUUGAUGGUGAUCUCCAUUUAGCUCCCGCGUUCCCAGCGCCUCCGAACACGGACUACCAGGGAUACCACACUUAUAUCGACGAAGUGUUGCCCUCUGAGAGUCCAGUACUUUAUGGUUUACAUCCGAAUGCUGAAAUCGGGUUUAUGAGUACAACGUCGGAAAACCUAUUCCGUACCGUAUUUGAAAUGCAGCCAAGAGAAGCCGGCGCUGUUGGUGGCACUAACGUCACCAGGGAAGAUAAAGUGAAACAGUUGGUUGACGAAACAUUAGAGAAACUUCCAGAGGAAUUUAAUAUUAACGAGAUGAUGAGCAAAGUGGAAGAAAGAACACCAUAUGUUAUUGUCGCUUUUCAAGAGUGCCAGAGAAUGAAUUUCCUUACGAGCGAGAUGAAACGGUCAUUGAAAGAACUGGAACUAGGCCUAAAGGGAGAGCUGACAAUUACUUCGGACAUGGAAAAUCUGGAAAAUGCUCUGUUUCUAGAUCAGAUUCCAUCGGUAUGGCUGGAUAGGGCGUAUCCUUCACUGUUGGGCCUUGGAUCGUGGUUUGCCGAUCUCUUGCUUCGCAUCAGAGAAUUAGAAACGUGGACCACAGAUUUCGUUGUACCUACUUCGGUUUGGCUGUCGGGGUUUUUUAACCCUCAGUCGUUUUUGACGGCAAUCAUGCAGAGCACAGCCAGGAAACACGAACUGCCCCUAGACAAGAUGUGUCUGCAGUGUGACGUAACGAAGAAACAUAAAGAAGAUUUUAGUGGAGCGGCCAGAGACGGUGCUUAUAUUCACGGGCUUUUUGUGGAAGGUGCAAGAUGGGAUAUCAUGCAGGGUGUCAUUAUGGAAUCCAAACUCAAAGAGCUAUUCCCACAAAUGCCUGUAAUCAACGUUCGGGCUAUCACUCAAGAUAAACAAGAUUCUCGCAGUGUAUACGAAUGUCCAGUGUAUAAAACCAGAACGAGAGGUCCUACUUACGUGUGGACGUUCAACUUAAAGAGUAAAGACAAGUCGUCAAAAUGGACACUUGCCGGGGUAGCAUUAUUGUUACAACUAUAAAAAUUAUUCUAAUUUCAUCGUUGAAAUUAGAUAUAGGUUAUAUGACGUUUAGGUACAUAGCUAUUCCUGCAUAAUACAAUCGAGUAGGUAUAUUAUAUUGAAAAUAUAUUACCAUUGGUUAUACAUGCUACAGACAGAUCACUGCUAUAGAAAAUACGCUGCUCGGUAUUUUACCGUCGGUAGAGGGCGAUAAAGGAAUAAUUGAAAUUAAUCAAAACGACGACGGCGGGCGAUAACUGAACGCAAUGGGAGUUGUGCGAAAUCACGAAAUAAUAGAAUAAUAAUACUACAUUUAAACAAAAGUUACCUAGUUAAAAAUACUCACCAGAAUCCACAGAUUGUUUUAGUUUUAUUUCAUCAAAAUCCAUUCUGUAGUUUUACCCUUUCAAUGCUAAGUUUUUUUUCUCUAAAAUACCCACCUCCGAUGAAUUAAUUUGAUUUUUUUUUUUAAUAUUCUCAAAUGAUAAAUUCAGUUGCAUUGGACCAUAUGUUGAAAAACAAAUUUUUGACUUGAUAUUUAAGUUUUAAGCUUAGUUUUACAUUGGCGCAAAUUUUUGGGGGCUUUGGGAGACUUAGCUUAUUCAAAAUGUAAUCAAGUUUCCCCCAUAUCAAAUCCUCGUCAAGGGUCACAAGCGUUUUUUGGAAGGACACUUAAGUGAUUUAAUUCCCCUAAAAGUAUUUCGGCUAUUGAAUGUACAUUGCGACACUAGCGAUUAGAAUGAUCAUACUAACUACGCAAUAGCAACGCAUUAAAGCGGCAUACGAUUUUUAAGCGCAGCAUAUUAUUUUUUAUUGCAGCUAUCUAUUGUAAUUUGUAUGUAUCAUGAAUACUA